ACUGGCAUAGGAGCUACCUUUGAGAGCACCGCCUCACCUCACCUCACAAGUUCUCCUCAGUAAGCCCCCCAUACAAACAUAAUGGCAGAUGACGAAUGGCAAACUGCGUAUGAAUUCGCUGUUCAAGUGGCGAGAGCAGCUGGAGCGGUAAUUAGAAAAGCUGGGGAGGAUGAAAUAAAGAUCCAGACAAAGAGCUCCACUGUGGACCUCGUCACUCAGACUGAUGAGAGGGUGGAGAAAAUUAUCAUUGGCUCUCUUAAAGAACAAUUCGGAGAAGACACACACUGUUUCAUUGGAGAGGAGUCAGUCGCAACAGGGAAGCCGUGUAUCUUAACUGAUAAACCUACAUGGAUCAUAGACCCUGUGGAUGGCACCACUAACUUUGUGCAUGGAUUCCCAUUCGUGGCUGUGUCCAUUGCCUUUGCUGUCAAUAAGCAGUUGGAGUUUGGUGUGGUGUACAGCUGCUUGGAAGACAAGAUGUAUAAAGCCAGGAGAGGAAAGGGAGCUUUCUGCGAUGAUGAAAAACUCGAGGUGUCGGAUGUAAAAGAAAUCAAAAAGUCCAUUAUCAUAUCUGAGCAUGGGACUGACAGGAGGCCAGAAGUAGUAUCCAAGAUCUUCUCCACCAUGCGGAGGAUCCUCUGCAUCCCGGUGCACGGGCUCCGUGGAUCAGGGACAGCUGCCACCAACAUGUGUCUGGUGGCGUCCGGAGCGGUGGAGGCCUUCUUUGAGAUUGGGAUCCACUGCUGGGACAUCGCUGCUGGAGCAGUUAUCGUCCAGGAAGCUGGUGGAAUACUACUGGAUGUUGAUGGCGGCCCGUUCGAUCUGAUGUCUCGAAGGAUGGUUUCAGCUAACAACACGGUUAUUGCAAACCGGAUCAUCAAGGAAAUUGAAAUAUUCCCAGUGGUGAGGGACGACGCUGAGGCGGCAAAGGAAUGAGGAUGUCUAAUUGCAUUCUAAAAUGAGUAGAAGAGGAAAAAAGUCCAGUAAAUAAAGUCAAUGUGCUGUAAUCAACACUGAUUGUCUUUUAAUUUUGCAUACUGGGUGUGUUUCAUCAGCUG